AACGUCGCAGGUACCGCGCCCGCACGAUAACAGUUACGAAAAUUCGAUCAAACAGGUGUUGCCGCGUGCGAAAAUUAACGUAGACAGCAACAAAUUUAAAAAGAAACUGUGUUGAAUUCUGUAGAAAUGUGCAAAAUAUUGCAUCAACUAAAUUGAAAAUUCUGUGUGUUGCUUUAAAUAGACAUCCGUACAUAUAAGCACAUAUAUAUUAAUGUUUAUAUACAGAUAUAUGUAUGUGAAAACUGUAGUAGAUAUCUAAAAGUUAAUACACGCGUGUCUAUUUUUACGUGCCCGCCAAAUUCAAACUCUACAUCAACUUCUACAAAUUACGCAUACGCCGGGUGUCCGUCGUCGCUUACACAAGCCCUAAACAUGCCCAUUAAGGAAAUAUUAAAUCGCUGCCGACCAAUUCCACUGUACGUGAUUCUAUUCCUAUCCAUCAUGUACUUCUGCGUGCAGUUGGUUCUCAGCCACUUGACCCACGCGCUCACGCUCCUCAUGUCGUCGUAUCACAUGUUGUGCAACAUUCUGGCGCUUGGCGGCUGCAUCAUAACAAUUAAGCAGCACGCCCAACAAAAUGAAAGGGAGCAGCUGCAAUCCUCCCACAACUCCAACAGUUCAUCGGAGGGUAAAAUUGCCGUAGUGCUUACCCUGAACGAAGCUGAGGAACAGCAAUUGGCAAAGCGGGAGUGCCGGGAGCAAAAGCUACGCAAUACGUUUGGCUGGGCGCGCAUCGAUAUACUUACUAUGCUGAUUGUCUUCAUUAUCCUGGCCUCGCUCUCCUUCUCGCUGGUUGUGGAGGCACUACAGACAUUGGUCCACAUUGAUCAUCAGGACACCAUGCAUUUGCCCAUACCCGUAAUGAUGCUGGGCUUUGUGGGUCUGAUUUUGAAUGGGCUUACAUAUUUGCUGAUUGGCGGCUAUACACUACAUCAAGGCAGUUUCCUCCACUUGACGCCCGGUGGCAAUGUGGUCCUAGACCGCUCCAUGUCCAGCAACAAUGAUUUGUCUCUGAAGCCCAUGCAGCGCCAGUUAAGCAAAUCCCGCAACGAUCGAGAGUUGCGUGACGAGCUGCAAGCGGAGGUUGGCAAUGUCUAUUUUGCAACGAAACGUCAGGGAGCGGUGGAAAUGCUGCGCGAUGUUUCCAGCACCAUAUUCGUGAUUGUCUGUGCCGGCAUUGUUUAUGUGGCUGAGGAUGAAGAACAUACGGCCAAAUUUAUAGAUCCAGUCCUUUCAAUAUUCUCGUGCGUGCUCUUGGUCUCCCUGAGUUAUCCAUACAUGAAAGAAUCCUGCCUGAUCCUGCUACAGACCAUACCCGGCUCCAUUGACUUAGAGAUAUUUGAGCACACGCUGGUCAGCAAGUUCCCUGAGAUAGUCAGCUACCAUGAUCUGCACAUUUGGCAGCUUGCUGCACACAGCUAUGUGGCCACGAUACACAUACAAUUCCAGAAUCCCAAGCUCUACUUGAAAACCAUCGAGCAGGUGCGGUCCUAUUUCCAUGAGCAGGGCAUUGGCGCUGUUACCAUUCAGCCCGAGUUCCACUCGACCACCAAAAACCCGUCACUGGAGUGUCUGAUGCAGUGCAGUGCUGCGGAUUGUGUGGAGAAGGUUUGCUGUCGUGACUCACGCUCCGAUUUGCGUGAGGUGAGUGAGUGUCCUGAUGGGAGCAAAACGCAAUCAACGCAAUGUCAUGGCCACAAACCUCAAAAAUCCAAGUCCUGCACUGAAUUAAGUGUGGUCAUUGUGGAAACGCCCAGCAAACAAACGUCCUCGUCAAAGCCCAAGGAACUGAAUGCAACGCAGUUGUUGAUGGGACAGCAAGAAGCACAGCCCACGGCAUCUGCGAAAGAAGUCAAGACAAGAACAACAGCAGUAGCUGUACAGGAAGUGGACAGUCCUGCGCCUCCACCAGCAUCGAAACAAGUGGAAAAGGAACCUACAGCACAAACUGAUGCUGAAUGUAUAUCCAGCGACAAGGACUGAUCCUGUUUUGUUAGUAUUAGUAUUAUAUAACAGUCAGGAUACGAUUUUAGCUAGUCUUUAAGCACAUUUGUAUGCCAUAUACACACACAACACACUGCACACAACACAAACUGUUCGAGUUUAAGACGCUUAAUUAGUUUACAUACCAUAUAUGUUGUAAAUAUAAGUUUAUAAUUAAUUUAACAGAUAUGUCUGACAUUUACUGGCAAAAGUAAAUUUAUUCAAUAAUUAACAUUUAAUAAUAAUUUAUAAAAAUA